GCACGUCACUCCGCCACUCCAAACUUGAAUGCCGCGAUCGUACUUGGCUGUUUGAUACUGGCUGCCAACCGACGAUUUUCCAAAAAAAAAAACUGACAAUUCUUUUGGCGGGAAUUGAAAUUUUUUAAGUUUACAAAUUUGAAACUAACUUUUUCAGUUGCUUCAGUGAACUUUAAUAUAAUGUAAAGUGGAAGUGAAGUACAAAAUUGAAUAGAUUGUUAGAGUUUCUGCAGCCAACUUUGAAAGAUCAGCUGACAUUUUGGUUUAUUAGAGAUGGACUGGCAAGAACUUCAACAAACAGCAAGAUCAAGACGAUAGCGCCAUUUAACCAAAUUUAAAAUGAGUUUGCUCUGAAACAGCUGCUAUGACUUUCAACGGAACAACCUUCAUGGGAGGGGUGCUUAUUUUAAAAACUCUCACCGGUGAAUCAGUCGAAGUGCUAGAUGAGCCAAAAUCGAAUAGAACAACCGACAUCAUAGAUGUAAAAAUAGUCCAGGUCGCUUUCUGUAUCUUAUACUCUAUCAUCUUUGUUCUCGGUGUAUUUGGAAAUGUUCUCGUCUGUUAUGUCGUGUUCAGGAACAAAGCUAUGCAAACAGUCACAAAUCUAUUCAUAACAAAUCUGGCGCUGUCCGAUAUACUGCUAUGUGUAUUCGCUGUGCCGUUAACUCCUAUGUACACAUUCCUCGGACGAUGGGUGUUCGGGAGAUCGCUAUGUCAUUUGAUGCCCUACGCUCAAGGGACGAGCGUAUAUAUAUCGACUCUCACUUUAACCUCAAUAGCCAUAGAUAGAUUCUUUGUUAUUAUCUACCCUUUCCAUCCCCGUAUGAAACUCAAUACGUGCAUAUUUAUAAUUAUUUUCAUAUGGGUUUUCUCUUUAGUGGUAACAUGCCCGUAUGGCCUGUUUAUGGGAAUUCAGAUCACAAAUAAUAAAACGUAUUGCGAAGAAAGCUGGCCUUCAGAUAAAUCUAGAAAGAUCUUUGGCGUAUUCACAACUGUUUUGCAGUUCUUAAUUCCAUUCUUAGUUAUAGCUGUAUGUUAUACGUGUGUUAGUAUAAGAUUGAACGACCGUGCGAGGUCAAAACCUGGUGCUAAAAAUACCAGAAGAGAAGAAGCAGACAGAGAUAGGAAGAGAAGAACGAACAGAAUGUUAAUAUCGAUGGUCGCCAUCUUUGGAAUUUCGUGGUUACCCUUGAACUUAAUUAAUAUUUUCAACGAUUUCUACGCCCAAAUGACUGAGUGGAAAUAUUAUUACCUAUCCUUUUUUCUUGCCCAUUCGAUGGCAAUGGCAUCUACGUGCUACAACCCCUUCCUAUAUGCUUGGUUAAAUGAUAAUUUUAGGAAAGAAUUCAAACAAGUAUUGCCUUUCUUCGAAUCGAGCGGCGGUGUGAGAAAUAGCUAUCAUUCCGGCCGAAUGCCAACACACAAGGCGGAAAAAAUCUGCAACGGUAAUGAGACUAUACAAGAAACAUUACUAGCAUCCUCGUUCAAUAGAGGGCCAUCAAUAAAACAAAGAAUAUUAGAGGGCAACGGAAGGAAAGAUCCAGGCGUGGAAAUCGAGAAUAUUCUAUUGGAAGAUAAAGCAACGAUGUAUCAUACGAAAUCUGAUAAUAUUAAUUUGCAGCUAAUUGAUGAAGAGUCGCAAUUCAAUGAACCAAAAGAAACGAAGCCAGCAAUAAAAAUGAACUCGCCCUCAGAACGCAACGAAUGAUUGGCGGACUCUUAAUAUUAAUAUUACAUUGUUAAUUAAAUUAAAUGGUAUAUGAAAUUGUUAAAUUGUAGGUUCCUAUAUAUUUGUAAAUAACUGUUUUUAAUGUUAUGUAAAAUCUCAUUAUGCUAAGCGAAAUAUUAAAUUUUAUGCGUUACUCGUUGAAGGUUGGAAGUUUAUAAAGUUAUUAUAUUAUAGCUUUGUGAUUGUUUUGCUUUCUGUGAUAGAUAUAAAUAAGUUUCGCUUAUAGUUAUUGUAAUAUAUAGAAUUUUACAGUUAUUAAGAUCUCUGUAUUUGCAAGUUGGUAUCCAAAAGGCCUAUUCGUAAACACCUAGAUAUAAGGUUUCGUAAAUCUAGUUUUAAAUUAUCAUGUUUCUUGGAUAAACUUAUGAGCCCAAUUUCAAAUUGGAUUGUCCUACUUAUUAUUAGUGUUUUUUAUUUAUAAAAAUUAUAAUAAUGUACGUAGUGUCUUUUGGAAUUCUUUUAAUUUUGGUUACAAUCCAACUUUGAAAUUUCGAGUUUAUGAAGAAACAAAUAUAAAUGUGUCUUAGAUUAUCUUUUAAUAAGAUAUUUAUUGUACAGUUAGGAAACGUAGCCAGACUAGGUGAAAUAUCAAUGCUUAAAUUAUUGUAUAAACAUAACAAAUGUAUA